CCCUCCUUUGCCCCUCUCUCCUUGCUCUAGCCGGCGACCACCAUGGUUGGCCUCACACGCCCUCGGACGUUCCGCGAUGUCGCGCUCAUCUUCCUCGGCGCCGCUGGCAUGCAUUUCACGACUAGCUUCCUCGGGCCGUUCACCGAGCAAACGAGCUCGAUUGUAGUCCAGACGCAGGUCGACUCCGACUUCCCCUCAAACGUGAACGCUGUUCAUGGCAACCCGAUAUCCCCACACGAUCAUGAUCCAUUCCGACGUCCUGUGGACAACGCCCCCGUGCAGCCAGACGCAGCACCCGUGCCCGCGCCACAUCAACGGCAGGAGCCCCCGGAGGAGCCUAUCAAACCAGUGGUGGAUGUCCCUGCCGUCGCCGAUAUAGCCUACAAGAUUCCUGAGACUACGUUGCUGUCACAUGCACCAGGAUGGACGGUCUUCCGCAACCUGUACAUGUCCAAUGGGACAGUAUACAUAGUCACAUCAAGACCAAAAUCCUUCCCCGACAUCCUCUAUAUGACAUCCACCGGUUUGAAAGCCGAUUCCACCCCGGAGAAUAUCCAAGCACGUUUGCCCACUUCACAGGAUAUGAGUUUCCUUACGCCAGAGGAAGCGCGCGACCUCUGGGGCGGCGACCUCGACAAGAUGGAGAAGAACCGGAUAUGGUCUGUAUCAGGCAACACCGCGAUCAUCAACGAGCCUUCCCAGUUCCUCGAUCACUACUACCACUUUGUCGCCGAAUGGCUCUUCGGCGCUUGGGCGUUCUGGCAGGGCACGUUCAACGCCGUCGUCAAACCCGAGUCCGCCGCGGUCUCGGACGUGCCCCCGCUCCACCGGCUCAUCUUCGCCAACGCGGACGCGAACGGCUGGCGCGACCGCCCCGGAUUCAACUCGUACGUCCUCCGGUCCGCGUUCCCCGCGCUCGACGUCGAGGUCGAGGACGACUGGGACGAUCGGAUCCUCGCGACGUCGAACCCGGACCACCCGCGGCGCGCGUGGCACUUCGACACGGUGCUGUUCACGGACCGCUCCGCGGCGUUCAAGGGCGCGCUGUGCGGCUCGCAGAACCAGCGCAUCGCGUCGGAGGCGACGGAGCACAUGCGCAAGGCGGGCAACCUCACGAAGCUCUGGUGGGAGCCCGUGCGGCGCGGGGUGCUGCGCUUCGCGGGGAUCGACGAGCGCACGCUGGACUUGGGCGUGAAGGCGGACGCGGUGGUCGCGGGCCGGAACAAGCUCAAGCCGCUCGCGGGGAUCGACCGGCAGCAACAGCAGCAGCAGCAGCAGCAGCAGCAGGGGAGCAGCACGAAGGUGGCGUCAGGGCUGUCGGACAAGGACAUCGUGAUCACGUACAUCAGCAGGCAGUCGUCGCGCGCGAGCCGGCAUCUGCUCGAGGAGGACCACGCGGCGCUCGUGGCGGCGCUGGAGGAGAUGGUCAAGAAGCACGGGUGGGAGCUGAACGUCGUCGAGGCGGAGAAGCUGAGCAAGGAGCAGCAGCUGGCGAUCGCUGCGCGGACGACGAUCAUGCUUGGGGUGCAUGGCAAUGGUCUCACGGUGAGUAUCCUGUAUCCUGUAGUAGUAGAUGCGGAUGCUGAGGCCGUCGAUGCCGACGCGUUGUACUCGCAGCAUCUGCUCAUGAUGCCAGUGACGCCCGUCUCGUCGGUCAUCGAGAUCUUCAUCCCCGGCGGCUUCGCGCACGACUACCACUGGACGUCGCAGGCGUUGGGCAUGCGGCACUUUGCGAUAUGGAACGACACCGCCCGAACAUACCCUAAUGAGCCACCGGUCGACUACCCCGAAGGCUUCCAGGGCACCCAGAUCCCAGUAUACCCUCCGGCCGUCGUCCAGGUCAUCGAGGACCGGAUAGCGGGUCUUCACCCCUUCGACGGGCCUCCUGAUCACUACGACCACUAGUGGCCGGGCUGCUUCUGUUCCUUCUGAGCGAAAACCGACCGCCUCUCAUGCCGCGUCCACCACUAGCUGUCUCCAUGCUUCGCUUGUUGUAUCACACAAUGCUCAUCUGUGCUAUCUAGCGUCCAGGGGCAGGGGUCAGCAUAGCGUAUUUAGCAGUACCCUCCCCUGGGCGACUCGUAUAUAUCUCCACUUGGUUAAUCGGUACAUAACAUAAAUUAUACCUGUCCUUUCUCGGUCGUCAUGCUACCGUUGCUGCUGCUCACUGGGAUGGUUGUUGACUAGGGACGCCGCGUUUGGGCAUCCGGCUUUGGACCUUGCUGUAUAUUGAUUUUUCCACGGGUCUCGGGCUUUGUAGCGAAGCUGGGUUCCACAAUCU